UCUCAUACUCAGUCCCUCAUGAUUCCAUUGAUCCAUCAGGCCCCCACUCUGUGGACAGCACACAGGGGACCUCGGACGGACACCGCGAUGGAAGCCGACCCGGGUGCCGCUGGCCUCGGGCCCCGCACAGAGCCAGACGAUGAAGACUACUAUCCCCAGGGUGUCUGGGACACGGUCUUCCUGGUGGCCCUGCUGCUCCUGGGGCUGCCGGCCAAUGGGCUCAUGGCAUGGCUGGCUGGCUCGCAGGCCCGGCAGGGAGCGGGCAGGCGGCUUGCCCUGCUCCUGCUCAGCCUGGCCGUCUCGGAUUUUCUGUUCCUGGCGGCGGCGGCCUUCCAGAUCCUGGAGAUCCAGCGGGGAGGACACUGGCCACUGGGGACGGCGGCCUGCCGCUUCUACUACUUCCUGUGGGGUGUGUCCUACUCCUCCGGCCUCUUCCUGCUGGCGGCGCUCAGCGUGGACCGCUGCUUGCUGGCGCUGUGCCCGCGCUGGUACCCGGGGCACCGCCCGGCCCGCCUGCCCCUCUGGGUCUGCGCCAGCGUCUGGGUGCUGGCCACGCUCUUCAGUGUGCCCUGGCUGGUCUUCCCGGAGGCCGCCGACUGGUGGUACGACCUGGUCAUCUGCCUGGACUUCUGGGACAGCGAGGAGCUGCCCCUGCGGAUGCUCGAGAUCCUGGGGGGCUUCCUGCCUUUCCUCCUGCUGCUCGUCUGCCAUGUGCUCACCCAGGCCGCCACCGCCUGCAAGACCUGCUGCCGCCGGCCGAGGCCCGCGGCCUCCCGUGGCUUUGCCCGCGUGGCCCAGACCAUCCUGUCCGCCUACGUGGUCUUGCGGCUGCCUUACCACCUGGCACAGCUGCUGUACCUGGCCUUCCUGUGGGACGUCUACCCUGGCUACCUGCUCUGGGAGGCCCUGGUCUACUCCGACUACCUGACCCUGCUCAACAGCUGCUUCAGUCCCUUCCUCUGCCUCCUGGCCAGUGCCGACCUGCGCGCCCUGCUGCGUGCCAUGCUCUCCUCCUUCACGGCGGCUCUCUGUGAAGAAUGGCCCGGCAGCUCCACGCCGGCCGAGCCACAGACCCAAGUGGAUUCUGGGGGCCACACUUCGCCAGGGCCCAUGGCCCAGCCACAGCUGGAGGUGGAUACCACAGCCCAGCCACAGUUGGAGCCUGUGACCCCCCAACAGGCGGACCCCACAGCCCAGCCACAGUUGGAGCCUGUGGCCCCCCCACAGGCAGACUCCUCUGCCCAGCCACAGUUGGAGCCUGUGGCCCCCCCACAGUCAGAUUUUGUGGUCCAGCCUCAGCUGAACUCCUCAGCCCAGACCCUCGGAACCCCUUCUGGCUCAGCCCCCAGGCCCUGUGAUGAAGCUCCCUCUGCUCCCUCCACAGAUCCCACCCCAGAAGCCCCCGAGAACCCAGCUGUGCCUGCUGCCUGUGAGGGAGAAAGCCCCAGCAGUGUCCCCCCAGAGAAGACAGGCCCCCCGUGAGGGUCUCGGAAAGCCCAGGCCAUCAGGGCAGGGGAAGAACCUGAGGGGGACAAACGGAGCAGCCAAUCAGAGCAGAGGGGAGCCACGGAGGACGUCAUUGUGGAAAACCCCACCCAGUCCCCGGGGCCUGGCAGGAGGACUUUGGGGAAGUGAAAAACGAAGCACCAAAAUGUCCCAGGCAGUUUGUCGCGAACGUCUUGUCCCCACUCAGGUCCCGCUUGUCCCCUUCACCCAGUGGCCCAGCAGUCGGAGCCCAUGGUCUCCGGCUGGGCUCUGCCCCCGACAGCCCAGACCCCACUGACAGUCUCCCCCAGCCUCAGUCCUGCAGGAGACAGCCAGCAGGGGUGACCUCCCCGGGCUUGCGCUGACCUCCCUUUGAUCCUUCCCUCCCUCUUCUCCUCCCUCUCUGACCCUCUAACGUGGGGCCAGAGGACGCCAAAGGAGGAAGUCCCGGCAGAGAGGGAGGGCAUUCAAGAGCCUGCAGGACCCUGGGGCCUAGGAGCCCAUGCAGGCUGGCUGGGCCCCUUGCCCACAACAAGUGGUGAGAACUUCAGCAGGCUUCCCUCAGCAAGGCAGUGGGAGCAGAGACCAGAGCUACCACGCCCGGAUUCCACUCAGGCUCCCGUGACUCUGGACAAGCCGCUUUACCCUCUCAGCUUCUGCCUCAUCCGCUGGGUGGGGGGGUUAAGUCAGAAAGCAUGGGAGGCACUCAGCUAGAGCCCAGCACACAGUAGGGCCUCAGGAAUCAGAAGUCCUACCCUCACGGCCGUUUAGAAAGGUCCCUUGCAGGGGCUGGAGUCAAAUGGGAGGAGAUGCCUCCUGGCCUGGCGCUUGGGAGCUUUGAGACAGAUCAGCUGUGCCUGUGACCAGUUCCGGGCCUCAGCCUCCCCCGGGGAGCCUGAGACAGUGUGAGGCCAACUCUGCGCCUCUCAUGGCUCCAGAGGACUUCAGCGUCUGCUCCCUCCACUCAAGGGUGCAACUAGUGUCCACCCACCCCAG